AAGCCUCCUCAGUCCUCACUCCCACUGUCUUACACAACGCUCUCUCUCUCUCUUUCUCUCUCUCUAGAUCUCUCAUGUCGCAGACAUCUCAAGCAAAGGGGAGAGAGAACAUGUCAGGACAGGACAUCUCAUCUUACCCUCCCCACUUUGUCCAGACCAGCGACUCAGAACCAGUUGGUCGAGUUUCCAAUUCAUCCUCACCGAUCAUCGAUGAUUGGGAUCCUCUCCCCUGCAUCGAUUUCCAGCAACUUGACCCAGAGGAGAUCGGUAAGGCUUGCAGGGAUUGGGGCAUGUUCCGAUUGGUUAACCAUGGAAUCCCUGUGGAACUCUAUGCUGAGCUUCAAGAACAGGCCAAGAAGUUAUUGUCUCUCCCCUUUGAAACCAAGCAGGCUCAGCUUCAAAGCCCAAUGUCCUACUUUUGGGGCACCCCUGCCCUUACUCCUAACGGGGAGACUCUCUCGCAGGGCGUCGAGAUCGUGUAUAGGAUGGAAGGGAUAUUUGUGCUUCUGAAUCCAUUGUCUCAAAUGUCAGGAGAAGAUCCCAUGUUGAAGUCUUUCAGAAAUCUAUUGGAGGAAUAUGGGAAGCACAUGGGUAGACUGGCUCGGUUCCUAUUUGAAGCUCUGGGGAAGAACGUAGGAAUGGAUCCAGAAUCAUCUCAACCCUACCUAUCAGAAGCCACAGGGUUGAUUCGGAUCUACCGGUACCUUCAAUGCCCCGAAGUUAACAAAGUAGAAGGGUUGAAUGCCCAUACCGAUAGCUCCGUCCUUUCCAUAUUGAACCAGGAUGAAGUGGGAGGACUUCAGAUCUUCAGAGACGAUAAGUGGAUCGAAAUUAAGCCAAUCGCCAACACCCUCGUCGUUAACGUUGGUGACAUGCUCCAGGCUAUGAGUAACGAUGAAUAUAAGAGUGCAACACAUAGAGUAAUGAACAAACAGAAGGAGAGGAUCUCAGUCUGCUAUUUUGUGUUCCCUGCGGAUGAGGGUGUCAUCCAAAGCACAAAGUACAAGCCCUUUACUUAUAAGGAGUUUGAAGGACAUGUUCAACAAGACUUGAAGACCAUUGGUGUCAAGGUAGGACUCCAGCGCUUCAGGCUUUAGCAUAGAGAGCCAGCCUCAACUUAUGGUUUUGAUAGCACCAUACCCCUCAAUAGCUAGCAAUUGAAACUAGGAUUUCUUUCUGUAAAUCAAAAACACCAGAGAAAUAAUUUUAUUAGAUUUGAUGAAGAUUAACUAUCAUUCUAUUAGUUAA